ACUACUUAACACACGUUAAUCCAAUAUCGGGGUCAAAAUCCCAUACAAAAGGUGUCGUUUUGUUGAUUUGGCUGUUUUGUGAGCAAGUGGAGACGCCUCGCUUUUAUUACAUUGACCUUGCCAUGUUCUUCUCCCGCCCUCUUUUCCAAGCUGUGACCAAGGCUUCCACUGGUUUGACCGGUAUUCCCGUUCAUCCCAACCCACGACCGCAUUUGAUCCAAACCUACAACAACACAUUAAAAGCCUUGUCGCGUUUGCCUAGCCAUGCCGUGUAUCGACAAGCCACUGAAUCCAUGACACAGCAACGUCUAUCGAUUGUGGAAUCCACCGAGAACAUUGACGAAAUCGAGCAAAAGAUCGACGGUGGUCAGAUUGAAGAAGUGAUUUUGCAAGCCGAGGACGAACUGAAAUUGGUUGGCAAAAUGGAGGAAUGGAAGCCUUGGGAACCUUUGGAGACCCCCGCACCUAAAGAUCAGUGGACUUAUCCUACCAGAGAAUAAGUUGGCCUGAACAGCUUUUUUUUUGUCCAUGACCGUGUUGCAAAAAUGGACGUAGACAUACCACACGCUUUUUAUGUCGCGCU